UCGCUCCUAAGUAGGACCCAUCUUCUCUUGUUGGCUUGUGAGCGCCCAAAUCUCUCUCUGAUCAGGGCCAGGAUCAGUGGGGGCCUUCUGCUUUACAAGUGGGCUAGGCUUGGCUUGUUGAUGUGUGCGUGCAUGCUCUGAUCAGGGUCCAAAUUUCGUCGUCUCUCUUCUCUCUCUCUCUCUUAUGCUUUGGUCAUGGUGCCCUGCAUGAUAAAACCUCUCCCUGACCGGAUUGUUUUCCUGCUGCUUGGCUGGGGAUGUUAAAAGAAUCACCUCAAGGUCACCCACCACACACCACCAUUCUCCUUGUAGGCGUUUUAUUAGGAAACGCUCUGCUUUCCAUUUUAGUAGGCAAGCUUGAAGCUUUUCGAGCUUCAUGCAUGCUAAUCUCUUGCGAUACUUGAAGCUUGGUUCUUGUGUUCUUCUUCUUCUUCCUCCCUGCUCUCAGGUUGCUUCCUAGGAGACUAGGACGCAGGGUGGUUGGCGUUGCAUAGGUUGUCAGUGUUCACUACAUUAUUUGAUAAGUGCUGCUUUCAGGCCCUUUUAAAAUCGGUACAACGUUUGACACCUUCCCAAGCCUGAAGAUGGCCGGCAACACAUCUUAUCAGCAAUUUGGAGUGGACGCCAUGAUGAGCGGCUGCCUUGUCAGCGGCGGCGGCGGCGGCGGCGGCGGCGUUUGCAGCGUGUUCGGCGCCGACGCAGCGAUGUUCCACUUCCCGGAGUACACGCCUCACUAUGGCAUCUUCGGGCUCGGCGAAUCGGCUGACGUCGCCUCGAGUUUCUUGGCCGAUGGUUCGGUGCUCGCCGGCCAGCUGGUCCGUGCCACUGUUCUGCAGAGCAUGUCGCCGGAGGAGACGCAUGGCGCCUACAAGGUCGCCAGCGGGUUCCGCCCGUCGCAAUCAGAUAUCACCGUUGCUCACGCACCAAACACGACCAAGCUCGCCGGAGAGCCGCAGGGCAGCUGGACCCACGAGCCGUACUACCCGGCAUGGUUCUCCGGCGACGGCUUUCCGGUGUCGCUCAGGCUUGGCGCCGAGUCCUCGUCAGCCGGCAUGGUGAACCUGCCGGACCAGUCCUCGGAAGUGAGCUGCUCCGGCUUGACCCAUGCAAGCAGCAGAGCCGGGCAAUGCCUGUUCCAGCACCCUUACGGUGACGGCGGCGGCGACGAGCUGGGACGAGCGUGCCGGCAGAUGUCGCGUCCCAGCUCCCUGCAUUUCUCUCAGGUCCUGUCGCGGUCAGGGUAUGCGCACAUCGUGCAGCAGACGCUGGACGAGUUCGUUGGCUGCCUGCUGCAAGACGUGGCCGGGAUUGCCAGCUCCGCCAACGGCGAGGCAAGCUGCCCGAUGCCCUCGUCAAGCUGCUCCAAGACGACGUCAUCCAACCCGUCGAUGAUUCUCAGCUCGGAAGAGCACGCGCAUCAGAUGCUGAGGAAUGAUCUCCUGAGACUGUUGCAGCUGAUGGACCAACGGUGCAACCAGUGCCUGGACGAGAUCCAGAGCGUGGCGUCCAAAUACGGCAGUAUGGUGCGUCCGGCCGGCGGCGGCCUGUUUGCACCGUUCGCGCACCGGGCGGUGUCUGCGAUGCACCGGAAGCUCAGGGCGCGGAUCACGAGCGAGAUCGCGGUGGCGACGCAGAGGCAAAUGGGCCGGGAGCCGUCGUCGUCCCUCUCUCUGGCUGAAAGGGAGCGGAGCUGGGAGUCGGCCUUCAUUCAGAAGCACUGGGCGCUGCGGCAGCUCAGGCGGGGCGACCAGCAGUCGUGGCGGCCGCAGCGCGGGUUGCCGGAGAAGUCCGUCGCCGUCCUCAAGGCCUGGAUGUUCGAGCACUUCCUACGCCCGUACCCGAAAGACAACGAGAAGGAGAUGCUGGCGGCGAGGAGUGGCCUGAGCAGGAGCCAGGUCUCCAACUGGUUCAUCAAUGCUCGCGUCCGGCUAUGGAAGCCGAUGAUAGAGGAGAUGUAUGAGGACCUCAAGAAGGCCUCUGGAGGCGGAGAGGGGGUGCCUGCCUGAACAUCUGAGAAGCAAGGAUGCAAGCUACAAAAUGAUGGCUCCAACUUUCAGAUGGGGAUUGUGUAAAAUCUUUGCAUUGCUCUGGGAGCUUGUGUACAAGUAUUGUUGCCGCUCAGCAGCCACUUAGGAGCUAGGACUCCGGCUGUUCAUCUCAUCUCCUGCCAUCUAUGUAAUCUGUAACUUUCCUUGCGUAUAUAUGAUUGCCAAUUCCUUCCGU